CCAGUGUUCUCCAGGCGAGCACACAGUCUGCUUCAACUUCACACCAAGAGAAAAGCAUCAUAUCAGGUUUCUACAAGAGCUGCGGUCCCACGCCCCUACAGAAUUACUGGAGCUCAGAGCAGCAGCGUGAGAGUCCUUUUUAUCGGGCCGAGUGAGGUGAGUUGACUGACAAAACAGCUGCUCACUCUGCUGUUUUUUUUUUUUCUUCUACAUAUUGUGUUUUCCCAUAUCUGUACCUUCCUUAUCUGCUCUCUUUUGACUUUUCACUCACGCCUUUACUCAGCCAAAAGUGCCUGGUGCGGGGGGGAGGAACCGCACUGACAGUUUGUUUCUAACGAUACAGUACAUUUGCUGGACGCUGUCUGUGUAGGUUGAAGAGUGGCAUCAGGAAAAAGAAAAAACAACGACAAGUAGACUCCUUUUCUCUGAUUUCAAACAGCUUGCUUUGACCAUGAGAGGAAGUGUGGAUGUGCAGUUACCGUUGGGCCUGAGUCUCUUAAAGUUAUUUGCUCAGCAGAGCCUCGCCUGUAAACACAAGAAGUUGAUGAUUGUUUAAAUAUUGUGCCGGAGUUUCGUGGAGGCAGAAGACACGUUCUCCCCUUCCUGUCAUCUUUCUUUGGAACCGCUCGGUGGGUUUUGGAUAAACAGAAGUGAUGCAGCUGCAACAAAGGCCGAGCUCGUGGCAUGAGGUGAUCGACCUCUGCCUGCUCCAGCCCCGUCUUUCCCCUCCUGUAGCCAUGGGACUGUGUGAGAGCGUGAGGGGUCGUAGGUCGCCGGGCGGCGCUGGUGCGCUCCGGGCCGCCGCGGCGUUGUUGGUGCUGCUGCGGCUCGGCCUCGGCCUGGCCCAGUCCGUCCCUCCGCAGGAUGUCUGCUCCUCGGCCGCGGCCCACCAGGACCUCACCCAGCCGGAGUACCAGAAGACGGCCGAGGUGGACGCCAGUGUGGGCUUCAUGGCACCUCUGGUCCAUUCCUUCCUCCUCACGGUGCAGCCUAACCCAUUUCCUAAAGAUCUGAUCCUGAAAAUAGCCAAGGAUGUAGAAGCACAGUUAAAUCAACUUUUCAUCAAGGAAGUCCUCGUGUACGAAGUGGGGUUCCUGGUGUGUGCCGUCAUUGGCUUGCUGUACAUCGUCCUGAUGCCCAUAGCUGGUUUCUUCUUGGCGUGCUGUCGCUGCUGUGGCAACUGUGGUGGGAAGAUGUACCAGAAACAGACGCCGUCCAUUCACUGUCACAGAAUAACUCUCUACUGGGCUGCGUUUGUCACCACAGUCAUCAUCCUGGCUGGGAACAUAUGCAUGUUCAAAAGUAACGAAGCCAUCAAAGUAAGUGUCGACCAGAGUCAAGAGGAACUCAACAAAACUAUAGAGAACAUCCAGUCCUUCCUCUAUAGCGUGCCUCAGCAAGUCCACUACGUGGUGAAUGAGAGCCACGGAACCGUGCUGAACGUGACCAGAAACCUAGAUGCCAUUGGACCUAAGUUGGGAAAAGAGAUUCAGGACCGCUUCAGAGGAACUAUGGACCCGGCGCUGGACUCGGUUAGAAUGCUGUAUCAAGAGACUGUAAACAUCAGUCUUGAACUGAACCACCUAAACUCAUCUUUGGUCCAGCUGCAGUCCAGUGUGAACCGCCUCCAGGCCAACCUCACUGCUGUUAAACAUCAAAUCAAUAACACUUUCUCAGACCCAAACUGCUUUCAAUGUAACAUGCUGCAGCCUGAGCUACAAAAGCUAACACUGGACACCACCAUCACUGUUCCCAGUUUGAACGACUUCCAGGCGGCAGUGGAUGAACUCAAUAAAACGGAUCUCAAAUCCAAAAUCAACGAGGUGAAGGACUUUUUUGCCAGCAUCCCACUUAGGGUGACCAAUGACACCAAGGAUAUAGUUAAAAGCACUAAGCAGGUUUUGGCUAACAUAGAAAAACAGAUCUCUCAGUUUACAAAGAACAUCCCUUUAUCGGCAUUUACCAAUGUGUCGGAGACGCUGGUCCAGCUGCAGAAAGACAUCGGCAGAACCGCACCAGAGUUCAAGAGAUUUGAGGGUAUUAGGUGGGGAGUUUGUGUGGUCGUGUGCUGUGUGGUCCUCCUGGUGGUGGUGUGUAACUUCCUGGGCCUGGUCCUGGGCCCUCUGGGUCUCACACUCAAAGCAAACCCCUCGAAGCGCUCCGUAACGUCGGAUUGUGGAGGAACCUUCCUCAUGAUCGGUGCAGGUUUCAGCUUCCUCUUCUCGUGGCUCUUCAUGAUUGCUGUGCUGCUGCUGUUCCUGGUGGGCGGGAACUUUUUCACUCUACUCUGUCAGCCCUGGGGCGACAAACAACUGCUAAAGUUCAUCGAUACUCCAGGUUUCAUUCCAGGUUUGGAUAUCGGCCCAACUUUGGGAUUAAAAAGCAAUAUCACUAUCUCUGGUAUCUUCAGAGCCUGUAAGAAGAACCAGCCUCUGUGGACAACGCUCCACCUGUAUGAGCUCAUCGACCUCCAAGACCUGCUCAAUGUCACUAAAUACACAGAGGAGAUUCAGCAGCACUUUGAGAAUACAGACAUCAGUCUGUCCACCAUCACUCUCCUGAGCCCUGAAGUGACAAACCAGCUCAGAAGCUUCUCCAACAAGGCUACGAAUAUUGACGCCUCUGCUUUCACGCAGCAGAUGAAUAAAAUUUCCUUAAUCAAUCUGAAUAAAACGGCAGAGCAACUUGAUCAGCUUGCUGGAUUUCAAAACAACACUAGUAGUCGAGAUCAGCUCCAAAAGGAGGCCAGGGACCUGAGGCAGAUCCAGACCGACAUAGAAACAAUCAUCAUCCCACAACUGGAAAACCUGAACUCAAGCAUCAAGAGCCUCGGAUCCACAGCAGGAAAAAUCAAUGGGACGAUAGAGGAGGUGCUGAGCAACGUUGGAGCAGCACAAGACUUCCUCAACACAAAUACGACACAGAUCGUUAAGACCGAGAGCAGAACCUUUUUGGACUGUCAGCUGGGUUACUUCAGUAGCUAUUCUGACUGGGCCAAUGUUACGAUCACACAGCAGGUGGGCCGCUGUGGGCCGGUGGCGGGAGCCGUGGAAUCCAUUGAGAUCAUGAUUUGCUCAUACAUAGUGGAAUCUCUGAAUGCGUUCUGGUUCAGUCUGGGCUGGUGUAUGAUCUUCUUCAUCCCCAGCAUCAUCUUUUCUAUCAAACUGUCCAAGUACUACAGGAGAAUGAAGUAUUCUGAUGAAUAUGAUGACCAGUUAAUUAUGAGCCGGAUCCCUCGGGCGCAGAUGAAAUUCACCUGAGAGGACAGGAUACGAAAUCAGAGACACUCAUUUUCACCAUAAGCAAAGCGACUGCCGUACACACAAAUCAAUCAUCACGCACUGCAUCUCUGAAUUGACCUCAGGGGGACAUGUCACAGAGGACAUUAGGGCUCGGCGCACAGAAUACAGCAGUGCGUCAACUGUGCCAACAAACUCUUUAGCGUGGCGUUUAGCCUCUUUCUGUCCGCUGCUGAUCACACUGGGACACUUUUUAAUCAAUUUUUAAUCAUAUUUGGCCUAAUAUUGGAAGUUCAGGUCCACAUUUUUGAAUGAAACAAAUUGUGUGACUGCGUUAAUGCCAUUUGACUGAUGCUAUUGAUGAUUCCAUAAUGAGAAUUUCUGUGCUGUGUCCUUAGUUUUAGAUUGUGUUUCAUAAUUAUGCUACAUUGCACUUUACAUGAUUCAAUCUGUGCAAUGUGACCCACAUAUUCUAUUCUAAUUAUACAAUAUAUUGUGAAAACUACUGUAAGUAAACUGCCACUGGUCUACAAACAUGUCUGUUGUGCAUUUUUCUACCAUUUAACUGUAACAUAUUAGUUGGAAUCUAAGACAUUCCGUCUAUUUUCCUUACACAAAAGUGAUUUUUAUGGGGCACUUUUGUAUUCCAGCGAAACAUAAAUCACAGUACUGCCACGGGUGUAAAUAUACUCUUGCCCAGGAGCACCAUUAGUUUUUUGUGUAGUUAUCCUUCCAUUGAUGCAUUCAUUGUUGGAGCAUGUUCAGGUAUUCGGAGACUAGCAGAAGACUAAAGAACGGGGACAGCCAGCCCGCAUCUGUCCAGCGUCAUUGUUGUUUACUGAAGGCAUCUAUAAUUAGAAGUGAAUCAAUCCCCUUACAGCGCCAGCGGGACUCUCAGCCUUGUAUUGGGAGAUCAAGAAAAACUAAACUAAUAGAGAGAAAGGUACAGUAUGACAAAAAGUGAAAGCAAAAUAACAUAAGAGCGAGAGGAAAAUGGAGGGAUUUGGUGCCAGGCGUCAGGUCAUGACUCCGCCUUACUUUGGGCCCUCUGAGAUGCCCCUUAUUACCCUGUGCCUCCUGCAUUGGACACAAGUCACUAGCCUCUACUUUGCACCUCUGCACGUAUUACAUCUCUGUGGCCACAUCCUUUCACAUUUCCAUGUGGAACCUGGCUGUUUGCUGUGAGAGCCGCACACAUGCACUGUAGCUGAGCACAGUUUAGUUUAUUAAGAGAAGCUUAAUGGGUAACGACGACACAUUCCUCGCUCAGGCCCAGACCCUGAAAACGUCUGAGUGCAUUUACACACUCAAACCCUUCUCUCUCUCAUACACUCACACACACCGACUCUAAGUGGAUUUGGCCAUGGCAGGGACAUGGUGAAACUCCGAAAUGGGGGCAGUGGAUCAUGUGACUGAACGGUCGGGUGUAAAAUGGCUAAGCUUGUGCCUCAGUAGACUGCGUUUCUACUUUGACAUAAUUAGCUGUAAAUAAAUAAAUAAAAAGAAU